UCUAGACUCUAGGAGUAAACUCCAGACUGCCCUCUGUUGCAGGCCUGAGUAUCGAUAGAAAGAUUGAAAUACCGUUACAGUAUUUAAAAACACGUGUUUGGAUCAGUUGAUCUCACUUUUUAUCAGUUUCGUUCAUUCAGCUCAGACAUGCAGCUGGGAUUGCAUUUAAUUGCUGCGGCUUGUGAAAAGGGAGGCAUUGGAGUGGAAGGACGUCUGCCAUGGAAAUUAAAGAGUGAAAUGAACUUCUUCACUGAGAUGACAACGAAAACAACGGACAACAAUAAACAGAAUGCCGUCUUGAUGGGCAGAAGGACUUGGGAGUGCAUUCCAAAAAAAUUCAGACCUCUCCAGAACAGGAUAAAUAUGGUUCUAACCAAUCAGCAGCUUGAUCUUGGCAAAGACGCUAUUGUUUGCAAAAGUAUUCCUGCAGCAAUACAGAUGAUUUCUACUGGCUCCUUGAAGGAUAAAGUCGAGAAAAUUUGGGUCAUCGGAGGAAGUUCCGUUUAUGAAGCUGCAAUGGAGUCACCGAACUUUCACAGACUUUAUUUAACAGAGAUAAGGAAGUACUUCGAGUGUGACACAUUUUUCCCAGACAUUCCAAACGACUUUAUUACGGUGACAGAUCCAAAUAUCCCUCAAGAUAUUCAAGAAGAGAAUGGCAUUGAAUUCCAGUACAAAGUCUACGAAAGAAAAAACAAUGAUCUCUAAUAAUAUAUGUCUAUCCACAAGAAAUAAUUUUUUUUUCCUUUCUCAGUUUUA